CCCCCCGCCCCUAGUGCCGCCCAGAGCCCCCCGGGGCACUUCCUAGUGCUCCCCCGAUCCUCCCGGUGCUACCCUGAGACCCCCCCCAAGCUCUCGGGGAACCCCCAAGACUCCCGGGCCCUGCUCCUGACCCCCACCCCACCCAGCAUCAGCCCCCCCCGGCACGCUGGGAGCAACGCACCCGCCCUCUGCCCCCCACUUGUGGAGGGGGCGUCCUGAUCUCACCACCUUCCUGGGGACUUGGGGGGUCCCUACGGUGUCGAAAGGGUUCCCGUGGUGGUGGUUGUGGGGCCUCAACCCCUCCCUGGUGACUUAGGGAGGGGUCCCUAUGGAGUAGGGGGGGUUCCCAUGGUGGUGGGGUCCUCAUGCCCUCUCAGGGCACUUGGGGGGGGGGUCCCCAUCUCCCUAUCCCCUCCAGGGCGGUCCCACAGCUCAGCCUCACCUCUCACUCCAAUCUGUCCCCCUGCUUUCCCUGGAGCUUUUCCCCCAGGACUAACGUGGAGGGGGGAGGGGGGGUCCUGCAGGGUCCCCGUUUGCUACCGCUCGGGCCGGGCCGGGCCCAGGGCCCUCCUGGCUGCUUUGGCCUCCAGAGCCAAGACCUUUCCCAGGACCUACGAGAGGUUCCUGCAGGGGAGCUGCCCUCGCCUCUACCUGCUGCACACUACCUUCAGCAGAGGAAUCCAAGCACUGCUUCUGGAAGUCCAAGAAAUCAGAAAAAUCCGAUGGAAAAUGUCCCAGCAGAGCCUGAGGGUGCAGCAGCUCCCGUACCGGGACAUGGAGCGGCUGCGGCAGUUCCGCCGGGACGUGCUCAAGGCUCUUCCCAUCGGGGUUCUGGCCAUCCCGCCCUUCGCCAACUUCCUGGUCAUCGUCCUGAUGUAUUUCUUCCCACGCCAGCUCCUGAUCCGCUACUUCUGGACCCCUGCCCAGCAGGUGGAAUUCCUGGAGACCUACGACUCCAUCCGGAGAGAUUCCUACCUGGAUGUGGUGCAGAGUUUAGCACUGGCAGCUCGUUCCCUUCCGGAGCGGCGGCUGGGACAGCGCCUGCAGGAGCUCUGCGCCGAGGUGCUGAGAGGUUCUCAGCCGUGCGUGGCCGAGCUCUGCGCCCUCCGGAGUUUGUUUUCGGGAUCUCCGCUGGCUCUGAACAAGCUCCAGGUGUCCCACGUGCGAGCCCUGAGCCGGGUCCUGUUCCUCACCACGCACCUCCCGGCGUUUCUCCUGCGGCGGCGCCUGCGGAGCCACGUCCUGGAGAUCGGGCACCUGGACCGGGCGCUGCUGCGGCUCGGGCUGGGCCAGCUCUCCGAGGAGGAGCUGCGGGCGGCUUGUUACCUCCGUGGCCUGAACUCCACUCACCUGGGCCCGGCCGAGUGCCGAGUGUGGCUGCAGCAGUGGCUGGGGCUGUCCUGCAAGCUCCAAGCCUCCGAAGCCUCCCUGCUGGCCAACAGCCUGGUCCUGCUGUCCCUCAACUACCUCCGGGCCAAGGAGUGAGGGGCCCGGGGCCUUUCCCAGCCUUUCCACGCCAGGAAAUUUCAGCUUAGAGUGGAUAAGAAUCGGGGAGAGGCGACCCCCCCCUCCUGCUCCGGAGGUUUGUGCCGGAGGCGGCUCUUCCCUCCCCGGGGGGGUCUGUGGGGCUGAGCCUCCAACCCGGGAGAGACGGCUUCACUCUUCCAGCUCUUCCACAUGGACGACAGGACCAGGGAAAGGAUUUCCCCACCUCCUGCCGAUACUUCCCGGAGGCUUGUGCUGCUCUCCGGCCUCUCCCGGGGGGUUUAACUUCGUUUCUUUAGCCCCCAAUCCCGAGCAGCCUAAAGCCAAACCUCUCCUGAGGGGGUGGAAAAGCCCCCGAGUUCCCCCGUGGCCUCAGGGGGGUGGAAUUCCCGAGCUGUGGCUGCCACUGGAGCAUCCCGGGCCAUCGGGCUGGGAAUGUGUGUGCCAACAAGGCUGAGCACCCCAUCCCCCCCACACCUCCAGAGCUGCUCCAGCCCUUGGGUCACCUCCUUGGCCUCCUCUGGCCACUUCAAAUUGCUGUUAAUUACUCUCUAUUUAAAUAACAAUGCUUUAAUUACAGGCAGGUGCCCAGCAGGUGGCACGAGCUCCUUGUCCUGCUCCUUCCAGCUUCCAAACCCUCAAACCUUCACGUCAGUCCGACUUUCUCCUGCUGACACCAGGAAAGGACCCUUGAGUGGGAGGGUGGGGAGACGCUGGGAGAGUGAAGCUGUGGCUGCCCCAUCCCUGGCAGUGCUGAAGGGCAGGUUGGAUGGGGCUCAGAGCAGCCUGGGCUGGUGGGAGGUGUCCCUGCCCAUGCAGGAGGUUGGAUCUAGAAGAUCUUUAAGGUCCCUCCAACCCAAAGCAGUCUGGGAUUCCAUGUUGGAAAGGGAGAACUGGGAAUUCCUUUUUUUAAGCACUUUCAGGGUGUAAAGGAGGGGUUGGAAUCACCCACCCAAGCCCAGCUCCUGCCUUGGAGAAGAAAACCCUUCCCCACCCCCCUGCAGUCCCAGUUUUCCCAGGAAUUCCAGGCCUCACCAGGAGGAAUUCCCUGAGAUGGGUUUAACCCCCUGGAAGACACAACUAGUUGUGCAGGUUGGAGCAUUUCUUGGAGUUUGAUGCUUCCAUAUUCCCUUCCAAUGGAGCAGCAGCACCAGGGGAGGGACAGAAAAAGUCGGGAAGAAAUAAAUGUGUCUGUGUUUGGAGAACAA